AGGUAGCUCCUGCGCACGGGUAGGGAUUCGAAUACUUUACAUUCCGAAGAGUGAUAAAAAAUAUUUUCAGACAUAGCUUAUAGCCUAUAUGUACUUGUACAGGAAACAAAGAGUGGUGGCUAGCUUCUUGCUAAAAACAUUGUUACAUUUAUUUUGAUAGUUAGCCAAUUACUCUGUGAAAUGUUUUUAUUUAAAGAAUUUUAAAUGUAACCGCUGCUGCUUCUAGGAACGUGGCGUAGCCUAAUGAUGCAAAGCUUAGGGCUUCUGAUAUCCAACCAUAACGAAAUAAGAAUGCGUAAAGUUGCACUGGCAAAGUUCAGGUAAGGCUCUUGCCCCAUGUCGUUACCAUUACAUUUUAUGUAAUGUUGGGAAUCCUAUGUUCUGGAGGCUGAAGGGGAGGAUCAAGAAUGAACAGAGGAAAAAAACAUUUCACAUGAGCCCCAACCCUAUUGGUCAGACGGCUUUUCCUGCUACCACAAUCCUGCAUACACGUGACCUACCUUUUUUGUACACACAGUCAAACGCUUCCACUAAAAAGACAACGCCAUGGCGUGUGGGACAUAUAAAUACGAGAAUUACACAUUAUGAAACCACCCUGCUGAAAAACACUACUCACUCAUUCGAAUCUAUCGCUAAAGGUGGACCAUGGCGGCUGCCACGAGCAGCAAUGCAGCCACGCUACAGAUGAAGCAUUCCAGUCUCGAGCAUACACGGAAACGCAUAGAUCCUCGGCGGAGGCAAGCUGCACUCUCUUUCCUUAGCAACAUUUCUUUAGACGGGCGACCAGUACAGGAUGAUGGAGACUAUAACAUCGAUGAGGACAAUUCUGCUGAGGCAAGGACUAGACAGAGCCUGGUUUCUGCAGACCGUGCUCUGUAUUCGGCUGGUGCUCCAGUUGCCCCUGCCACGGCGGCCCAAGCACUGGCUGCUGCAAACCAGGCUCUGAACAUGAACAACCGAGCUAGUUUUGGAAUGGGCUCUUUUGCAGCCUCCCCCUGUGCAGAUGCGGAGGGCGACGCGUUCUCUAGCGGGCCCCCGGUGGCACCGUCUGUGUUUAGCUCUCCCUUCUCUGCAGUGCCACCAGCGACCCGAGGGAGACUUCAGACCUACACUCAGGGAAUUCUACCUGCCGCCUAUGCCAGACAAUCCUCGCAGAACUACAGUCUGGAAGGUGGUCAGAUAGGUAACUCUGCUCUGGAGCUUCAAAGGUCCAGGCGGAGACUCAUCUCCCAGCGCUCGUCACUGGAAACGUUGGAGGACAUUGAGGAGAACGCUCCUCUCCGCAGGUGCCGAACCUUAUCAGGUUCCCCACGACCAAAGAGCUUUAAAAAGGUUCAUUUCAUCAAGAACAUGAGGCAGCAUGACAUGCGCAAUGGAAGGAUAGUCCUUAUCAGUGGCAGAAGAUCCUUCUAUAGUGUUUUUUCUGUCCUGCCCUAUCGAGAUUGUAGCCAAGCAGGGGAUGUGAAAAUGGAGAGUGGGCGUCAGCGGCACCCUUCGGGCGGCGUCAGUGCCAAGGAGAUGGUGAUCGGGCUGGACGGCGUGGAGCUGGGUGCAGAUGGCAAGACUGUAUCCUACACCCAAUUCCUCUACCCCACCAACGUGCUCGGGCGGAGGAACACCAUCGACUCCACGUCAUCCUUCUCGCAGUCUCGCAACGCCAGCCACAGGAGCCUGAGCCUGGCACGUGCCAACAGCAACCAGAGCAGCCUUGACACAGGGAAUGACAUGGGAGACUUUAGGGAGUACGACCCCAACCUCCUGGAUGACCCUCAGUGGCCGUGCGGGAAGCACAAGAGGGUGCUCAUAUUUCCCUCCUACAUGACCACAGUCAUCGAAUACGUCAAGCCCUCUGACCUCAAGAAGGACAUGAACGAGACGUUCAAGGAGAAGUUCCCACACAUUCGCCUAACCUUGAGCAAAGUCCGAAGCCUGAAGAGGGAGAUCCGUAAGCUGGCUCAGGAGGAGUGUGGCUAUGAGGAGCCAACGGUGGCCAUGGCCUUUGUCUACUUUGAGAAGCUGGUGCUGCAGGGCAAACUCAACAAGCAGAACCGCAAGCUCUGUGCCGGCGCCUGCGUGCUCUUGGCUGCCAAGAUCGGUGGUGACCUCAAGAAGCAUGAGGUCAAACAUCUCAUAGACAAACUGGAGGAGCGGUUUCGGGUGAACCGCCGCGAGCUGAUCGCCUUCGAGUUCCCUGUGCUGGUGGCGCUGGAGUUCAACCUGCACCUGCCCGAGCACGAGGUCAUGCCCCACUACAGACGCCUCCUGCAGGCCUCCUAGCAGCAGCUCCCCAUCAGGAGAGCCCCGGCCCGCUCCGGCUCUCCUGAUUCCUGGAAGCACCGCCUCCUCCCCGCUGGAUGUCCUGGACUCUGGCCCCCUGCCUGCUAUUCAGAUGGACACGGCCUAUCCCCGCCCUCUGCCGCAGACCCCAGGUCAGCCUAAGGGACAUGCGUCUACUACAGUUUCUGUAGACUUUUUGGGGAAGGAAGCAUUUGUAAGGGAGUUCCCCCAACCGUCUCCAAAUCCGUCGCCUUUUUCCCCCUUUUUAUUGUCUGUACAGUAUGCUUUGUACACAUUUGACCUGAUUUUCUUGACAUUUUCAGUUCUUCUGGCUCUCCUAGCUGAGGCCCCCGUCCUUGCGUUGAGGGGUCAGGGGUCACGGCCGCUGCAGCUGAGUUGUGGUGAAUGUUUCCCAAGGGAGAGCAAGAUGGAGUACACUGGUGUUCUGCAUGAGCCGCAGCUUGGUGAUUGUGCAAGUGGUCGGCCCUUUUUUUUGGUUCUUUUUUGACAAGCGCUCAAUUCAUUCACUGAUUCGAGUCCCAAAGUUAAACCACAAUCUGAUUAGCAAGUGAUUGUUCAUUUUUCUUCCUAAUGGCAUGCUGCCUUACUUUCUUAAUCAAAUGAAUCAGACUCUUCGCUGGAGCCGAAAGUGACAUGACUGUUACGUGUUAACAGUGACUUCACAAUAGUGAAAACAUCCAUCUCAUUCUGAUAUCACUAGAAGUGCACUUUUCUGUCUUGGUUUUGCUGACCAGACCUAUGUGUCAAAUAUAACAUGUGUAUAUACAAAUAUACAUAUAUAUUAUAUAUAUGUAUACAUGUACUAUAUCAUAGACAUUCUACAGCUGUGAGGUUUUGAAACCAUUCUGUGUCGGGAGACAAGGAAAUAAGAUUUUUCUUUUUUCUGAAUACCGUAUUUGUUUUUUUUUUCCCAUUUACUCUCAUAUUUUACCUCGGCUUGUUUCUAACAAAACAAAUAUCCUGCAGAGGCUACCGCCUGGGCCAAAUCACUUUCCUCAUCACCAACCAGUUGUUUCUGUUUCACUUAAGAGAGACCUUUUUUGUUUUCUCUCUGAGGGAGAAGGAGAAUAGCAGCCUCUGUGGAAUUUUAUACUCUUGUAAGCAGUACUUUGAUGUACGCGGAAUCCUGUUUUUUUUCUACUAUUGUGUGCUGACUUUGAACAUAUGGUAACUAGGCCCACUGCCACAGUACUCCUGUCUCCUGUGCUCUAUGUUAGAGUGAAUUACCAGCACGGUUUACAGUGCUACAUGGGAGAUAGGCGGGAGGCACGGCUAGAUUGCUUGCAGCAGGCGAUGACGAUACAGCAGAUGUGGAAAGAGAGGACGGAAGACGAAAGGUCCCCGGCUUGGGUCUUUAAUAAGCUACGGUCGCAAAAAUCUUUCUGGAAACAUCAUAGCAAUGUUGACUUGUUUUAGUCUUAAAUCCUGUUCUUAAAGGAAAGACAUUCACUCUGUUUUUUUCACAUCUCUAUUUUACUCAAGUUAGAGGUAUGUUGGUUUGUUUGGGCUCAAUGAUGCAAGUUAGUUUUUUGUUUUGUUUUUGUUUUGUAAUCAGUGUUUCAUCAGGAAUUCCUGGUCAGUUCUCUUCACUGACAGUGGUAGGAGUCACUGUUUAGUGGCUAAUUUGAAUGGGAAGUUUUUAUUUCAGAAACAGUUGUGGUAAAAUAUAAUAGCCAGCAUUAGAUAAUAUCUUUCAAGGUUGUCCCUGUGGCCACUUCACUUCAAUAAAGUUAAUAAGUUCAAUAAAGUUAUGUAAAUCAGUAUGUUAAAAGUAUGAUUUGCCAAUCAACAUUUUGUUAGUGUGGAAAUGUGCAUAAUCUACCUUAUGCAGGUCACAUUCAGAUUUCACAUUGUUUUAGAUGGGAGAAACCAAAAUGUCCAGUUUUAGAACACAAUUUGGCCUCAGGACAUGCACUUUAGAUCUUUGUGAUAAAAUAAUACUUAUAUCCACCAAAUUGAAGUAAAUACAUGCAUAUUCCUAACAAUGUGUACGUGUUUGCUAUUGUGUAAAUAUAUAUGCCCAAGAGUAUAUUUGCGUGUGUGUGCGUGCGUGUGUGUGUGCGUGUGUUUGUGUGUGUGCACGUGUAAAUAUGCUGCUUUGCUUGUUCAAUAAAAAAGUUAAUGAAUUUC